GCCUGCCUGCCUGCCUGCCUGACUGUAUAUAGAGAAGACUCAAGUGCAGCUCCACACAUCCUCUGAGACACACACGCACAGCAAGACGCAUUUCUUGAUACUGGUGGAUUAUUCAGAAAGAAGUUGGAUUUUGCCAGAAGACUCGUCAUGAAGCUCUUCCUCGUACUUGGCGCGUUGCUCCUGGUGGAGGCGGAGGGAAAUGCGGCGCGAAGCCAGUGGAGGAGGUCCAAGAGGGAGCUGGCUGCUCCGCUGCACACGGGUGGCAUCCGCGACUCGCUGGGCUCGUACUGCCAGCGGCGAGGCGGCUGCUGCCCGGGACGGGACGACCUGUGCACCGUGCCCUACUUGGACACCAUCUGCUACUGUGACCUCUUCUGCAACCGCACCGUGUCUGACUGUUGCCCCGACUUCUGGGGGCACUGUCUGGGCGUGGAUCCCCCUUUCAUAGGCUCCUGUGAACGAAAUGGGAUCAAGUUCCUCUCAGGACAAACAUACAAGGACAACUGCAACUUGUGCACAUGCGGCACGACGGGACGGUGGGAGUGUGAACAGAACGCCUGCUUGAUGGACGGCAUCAUGAUCCAGGCUAUCAACAGAGGGAAUUAUGGGUGGAGGGCUGCUAACUACAGCCAGUUGUACGGCAUGACAUUGGACGAGGGCAUCCGCUACAGACUGGGCACGCAGAGACCCUCCAAAAGCAUCUUGAACAUGAACGAAAUCCAGAUGAACAUGGAUCCCCAGGGCGAUGCCUUGCCCUCCAGUUUCAACUCGGCUGACAAGUGGCCAGGCAAGAUCCACGAACCUCUGGACCAGGGCAACUGCGCCGCCUCCUGGGCCUUCUCGACAGCGGCCGUAGCAUCGGAUCGAAUCUCCAUCCAGUCCAUGGGUCACAUGACCCCUCAGCUGUCCCCGCAGAACCUCAUUUCCUGCGAUACUAAGAACCAGGGCGGCUGCGCCGGGGGCCGCGUCGACGGAGCCUGGUGGUAUCUCCGCCGCAGAGGGGUGGUGACGGAAGACUGCUACCCGUACAGCGCCCCGCGACCCACGGCGACCGAGGCGGCCCGUUGCAUGAUGCAGAGCCGCUCAGUGGGCCGAGGAAAGAGGCAGGCCACACAGCGCUGCCCCAACGCGCAUAACUACCAGCACAACGACAUCUACCAGUCCACGCCGCCCUACAGGCUCUCAGCCAACGAAAAGGAGAUUAUGAAGGAGAUUAUGGAUAAUGGCCCCGUGCAAGCCAUCAUGGAGGUCCACGAGGACUUCUUUGUAUACAAGAGCGGCAUCUACAAACACACGGACGUCAGCUUCACUAAGCCGCCCCACUUCCGCAAGCACGGCACGCACUCGGUCAGGAUCACCGGGUGGGGUCAAGAGUGGGACUCUAAUGGCACUCCCAAGAAGUACUGGAUUGCCGCCAACACCUGGGGCAAGAACUGGGGCGAAGACGGCUACUUCCGCAUCGCCCGCGGCGACAACGAGUGCGAGAUCGAGACCUUUGUGAUCGGUGUGUGGGGCAGGGUCACCGUGGAGGACAUGCACCACCACCAGCACCAGCGCCGCCGCCACGUUUAGAGCCCACACAGCAGGAGCCUCAGAACUUCACCCUCCCCGACCCCAACCAACCAACCAACCAACCAACCAACCAACCACCGCAUCUCGGCUGGUUUUACUUGCCUUGACUAGCGUCUGAAGAAGCAUGCGCAUCCACAACUCCUCCGAUCAAGAGAAACGCAGGCGACAAGGGGGAUGAUGAAAAGACAAACACUUUGAGCGGAGCAGUUUUGGGCAAACAGGCACAAAUCCCCCAAAGUAAGCCACAGAGACACGCCCAGACAUUCUCUGGAAUACAAGCCCCAUGCAUCUAAGCUGUAGGCGGUUGACUUUCACAGUUUCACCUUCAGAAAAAAAAAGUUGUUUGGGCCAGAACAUAUGAAAAAAAAAGCAGUGAGUCAAGUCAUCAUGAUGACACAUUUGCUCAAAGUAGUCUUAAGGCGCCAUGAUGCUAUCUUCGUGUUGCCGUGUUAUUCUAAGAUUUUAUUUUGUUACCCGUUGUACUGUAUUUGAUUAUUAUAAUUUACAAAUCCAACACUCAUGUGACUUAUUUUUAUACUUUGAUUGAGUUGAGUGCUUCUGGGGAACCAAAAAGAAAAAUGCAAGUUUCUCAGCGGUGAUGGAUAAAUAGAAACACCUUAAUAAACAGACAAUGACGUUAGAUAGGUACACCUGCCAAAUAAUUAUCCAUUUGACCUCUCAUUCCAGAAGAAACACUGGGUGACUAUUUGACCUGCCAAAUGGUGAGCUCACUUAUAGCUAUCCUUCCUUUAACCAGCAUUGAGCAGCUAUUUGACAUGCCAAAUAGUGAGCCCACUGACAACUGGAUCGUAUUCAAGCCAUUUUGAAAGUGUGCAACAUGUUUGCGUUGCGGAUUGUGAGGGGUGCGGGGUGGGGGGGUCUACUUCCCCUAAAUAGGGAUUUUCAGCUCUCACUUGAAAGUGAGCUAGCCUGUUAUUAUUGCUGGUCUUCAAUUACGCUCCUCUUCAAGCGCCGUAAUCCUGCCUCGUGAUCUUUCGCACCGUCGCUUCUUUCUUCAAACUUCAAAGAUAAACGCAUGUACGCAAUUGGACAGGCAGGGUGCAGUGUGGCGUGUCCGCCGUCCUCCAUUAUGUUGUGGUCCGGACGUCAACCCCCCAAAAAUGCCAACAUCCACUCCGCAUUGUUGUGUGUGUUUGUAUGUAUAUAUAUAUGUGUGUGUGUGUGUGUGUGUGUGUGUAUGUGCGUGUUUGCGUGUGAGAACGCCACACUCUCUCGUGUGUGUCAUUUAUUUAUAAGAAGUAAAUUAAGCUACACUGUAUGUUAUUCCGCUCGUAUCUGUGCAAUGUUCGUCUCUCGGUCGUCUGGUGCGCAUUGCGUGUAAUAAACGCGAGUGAGUGUCCACUUGCGCCGCACAAUAAAGUCUUUCCAUCACUU